AUGGCAAGCGUUCCAGGUGUGCCCAUGCUCGGCUUGGGAGUGGGGCGGGCCCAGGCGCUGCGCCAUGAGGUCCAUGUCCGGUCAGUACCCGCCGCAGGGCGAGUGGCAUCGCAGCUUCAGUACCGCUGCUUUGGCACCGACUCCCUUAGAGGUCGGGCUGGGCUGCUCCUUCCGGGCGCGCUGGUGGCCGCAUCCCUCAGGCGGCGCAGCACCUGGAGAGGGGUGAGGCACGUGGCAAACGCUACGAAGUAUGACUUCGACCUCUUCACCAUCGGCGGCGGCAGCGGCGGUGUGCGCGGCUCGCGCUGGGCCGCCAUGCAAUACGGCGCCAAGGUGGCGGUGGCCGAGCUGCCCUUUGCCAUCGUGAGCAGCAAACUCACAGCGGGUGGUUUGGGAGGAACUUGUGUGAUCCGCGGCUGUGUGCCGAAGAAGUUAUUGAUCUAUGGAAGCCACCUCUUGGAGGAUCUCAAGGAUGGCGAGGGGUAUGGAUGGUCUUUGCCGGACGGCGUGACCCCGAGCCUUGAUUGGGAGAAACUCAUCGAAGCAAAGAACGAGGAGGUGACACGUCUGAAUGGCAUCUACAAGAAGCUGCUGGCUGGCGCAGGGGUGGAGCAUUUCGAAGGCUACGCGCGCAUCAUCGACCCCCACACAGUGGAGGUGAACGGUCAGCGGCAUACGGCCAAGUACAUCUGUGUCGCCACGGGUGGUCGGGCACAGAGGUUGCCAAUCCCCGGAUGCGACUUAGAUGGCGUUUUGACCAGCGAUGAAGCCCUGGCGCUUCCCAAGAGGCCAGAGAAGUUGGUGGUCAUUGGUGGUGGCUACAUCGCGGUCGAGUUCGCUGGCUUCUUCCAUGGUUAUGGGACGGAAGUGCACCUGGUCUUCCGGCAGGAUCAGCCCCUUCGUGGCUUUGAUGAGGACGUGCGCUCGCACCUCUUGGAGCUCACCAAGGCCAGGGGCAUCCACGUUCAUUCAGGUGAGAGCCCGCUCUCGAUCGAGGCGCGACAGUUUCGUGCAUCCACCGGGUUCGGCGCUGCGACUGGCGACUUCGAGGUGCUUGGCGUGUGUGUGCUUUACAGUGGUUAUGUUCCGAUGGUCGGUGAAGAGUCCUUUUGUGAUCUGGUCUUUUUCUUCACGCGUUUGAUCAGAAGCAAGGAGAGCAAGGAGAACAAGGAGCAGGGCCACAUGCCCAAGCUCAGGGCAGUGGCAGUGCCAUGCCAUUUGCACGAGGGAGGCUACUAUAGCGACGAUGCCAAGAAGACCAAUGCCCUGGAUCUUCUCAAGGAACUCCGUGGGACGGCGUCGUUGCACAGCUCAAUGCUUAAAGAGCUGCGACAGCUUUACAAGCAAUUGCGGGUGGAGCUGAAGGAUGACAUCUAUGAGCUCGUGGAGCAGGUGAAGGCGGAGCAAGUGUCCAGAAGCACUCCAGGCCUCGACCAACCCCGCGGGACAUCAGGCUACUCCGGACGUGGUGUGACUUCGGCCGAUGACCUGCGAGCAGCAGGCGUGGCAGAGAGAUUUGGAGGCCGCCUCGACAGCAAGGAGGAGACCGAAGCCACGUCCUUCGCACACCCACAUGUGCCGGACGAACGCGUGACCUUCGAAGACGUGGAAGAUGUGGAGGAUGAGAGUGGUGACGGAAAGCGGACAGCCUGGGAGGAGUCCAGACCCAACAUCCGCGCCAGCGUGGCCAGCUGCGCGAGCUUCUCUGCGAGGGCCCGUCUCAAGAGAACGACCACGACACACAGCCUGGACCACGUCAAGGAGGACUGGGCCAGGGAGUUUGGCCAAGGAGAGCGAACCCCAGCGGUGCCUCUGGGCAAGAGUCGCUACCCGUCUUCGGUGGACCUCAUCAAGGCAAGCCUGGACGUGGACGAAGAUGCCGGUUGGGUCGAGAGGAUGGUGACCCAAGACUACUUUGACUAUGUGAUGGGAUUCAUCUUAGCAUUGAAUGCCAUCAUCGUAGGCGUCCAAGUGGAUUUGGUCUCUAGAGAAGCUCGCGAUCCUGCCUGGUCCAGGGUCAUCGAUUUGACCUUCUGCUCCAUCUUUGUGAUCGAGCUACUGCUGCGUACAAAGGCAUAUGGUAAGAAGUUCUUCAGUAUGGACGGUUGGCAGUGGAACGUCUUUGACCUCUUCGUGGUGGUCUUCAGCGUUGCAGAUGAGGCCACGAAGCUGGUCUUGAGCGAUUCCGAGGUUCAGGAGGUCUUUGAAAGCUUUGGCAUGCUGCGGCUGCUGAGGCUGGGCCGUAUCGUGCGCUUGGUGCGGAUGGUACGCUUGAUCCCAGCGCUGAAGUCCAUGGUCUAUCUCAUCCUAGCGUCUUUGAAGAGCUUCCUGUGGACGGUGGUUCUCCUGAUCAUCCUCAUGUACUGCGUGGCAGUCUAUUUCACUGAGUUGGCCUAUGAUCUUCGGAACAAGCAUCCUCAGAAGGACUUCAGCAGCUUAGGUAGCACCUGGGGAUCCAUUGGCAAUUCCAUCUUGUCCCUUUUCCAAGCCAUCACUGGUGGCAAUGACUGGCACAAUUUCAUCUCCGUGUUCGACGACUAUGUGGGGAGCAGCACAUCAACGAACACUUUGGUCUUCUCUAUUUUCAUCGCCUUCGCUACUCUAGUGAUGAUGAACUUAGUCACCGGUGUCUUCGUGGAUGGCGCGCAGCGCAUUGCGCGGGAGGAGAAGAAUCAGGACCUGUUGAAGCAUGUGCGCAGGCUUUUAGCUCCUGAGCGCAUCAAAACGCCACGAGCCUCCAUCUUCAUACACGGAGAGUUUUCCUUUGACGAUGGCGACCGACUCAUCACGUGGCAGGAAUUCUGCAAGAAGCUGGAAUCUGAAGAGAUGAAGGCUUACCUCACCGCCUUUGAGCUAGACGACAGCCAGGCGAAGGACAUUUUCUACAUCCUUGACCAAGAGCGAGUGGGAAAAGUGACGAUGCGAGAGUUCUUCUCAGCUUGUGUGAACCUCCAUGCGACACCCAGGCUGGCCGACACGGCCAUUUUACGCCACUUGAUUCAGCGGACCUUUGCAGACCUCUUGGAGAGGAUCAACAAGUUGGAUGUGCGACUUGGAGGAACAGAAGCUUGGGUCGAGCCACAACAGCCAAGCUUCGUCAAAGACACCAGGAGACGCGGAGAAGACGGACUCCCGAUCUCCACCUUUCAUGAUAACGUGGUUUCGAUGCCAACACCCGGGAAGAGACCCACAUGGGUUCUGCCCGAUCCAGAGGAUGACUGA